ACGAGACUGUGGGAAUUGCAGGUGCAGGGGCCUGGGUGACAGCUGCUGUCCUGUCCUCUGGGCUGGGUACCUGCUCUCCCGAGUUUGUGUCCUGGGGCUGCGCGCUCAGACUUGACCAUGUUUGGGCAUGGAGGCUCGCCUCAGAUGGGAACCAAAGGCCACUUCCCCAGAGACAGGCUGAGAGCCCAAACUUCCUGCUGGCGCUCAGGCGGCCUCUUUUGGGGUGGGGGCUGGGGGCCAGGCAGAAAAGUGUCUCCCUGCUGAAGACUCAAGACUCGCAGGGCACCGGGGAGACUAAAUGAACACUGUUCCCAGUGGACAUGGGGAAGAAGCUGGUGAUGGCCCAGAAGCGGGGAGAGACCCGAGCCCUCUGCCUGGGCGUGGCCAUGGUGGUGUGUGCCGUCAUCACCUACUACAUCCUCGGCACGACUGUGCUGCCCCUCUACCAGAAAAGUGUGUGGACCCAGGAAUCCAUGUGCCACCUGAUUGAGACCAACAUCCGGGACCAGGAGGAGCUGGAGGGCAAGAGGGUGCCCCAGUACCCAUGCCUGUGGGUCAACGUGUCAUCCGUGGGCCGGUGGGCUGUGCUGUACCACACGGAGGACACGCGGGACCAGAACCAGCAGUGCUCCUACAUCCCAAGCAGCCUGGACAACUACCAGAUGGCCCGGGCCGAUGUGGAGAAGGUGAGAGCCAGAUUCCACGAGCACCAGGUUUUCUACUGCUUCUCAACGACCCGGGAGAAUGAGACCAGCGUCCUGUAUCGGCGCCUCUACGGGCCUCAGACCCUCCUCUUCUCCCUCUUCUGGCCCACCUUCCUGCUGACCGGCGGCCUCCUCAUUAUCGUCAUGGUGAAGAUCAACCAGUCCCUCUCCAUCCUGGCAGCCCAGAGGUAGACCCAUCCAUGCCACAUCACUGCUCGGGCCACAGGGGACUGGAUGGGUCCCCGGGCUGCUCCCCACUUGUGUACCCCUGCCUCCUCCCCCUGUCUUCCCACUCUCCCCCUCCAAUACAUUCCAUCCUCCAUUGCCUGGGUGGUCUUUGGGAAGUCCUUCUGUUAAGCCAUUUCCCGCUCCCCAGGGCUCAUGAGAACACAAGGCCAGCCAGUGACAGCUCUCCAUCCCCUGACCCCACUCAGCUGACUCACAUCUAUUUCUAUUGUGCCACUGUCCACUGCCCUGAUGACAAUGAUCCUUGUUUCUGGGCCUCUGUUCUAGGGCGGCCGGCUCAAAGACCAGCCAGUCCCACCCAGUAAGCCAUCCCUAGAAAACCCUCAGUGCCUUUUUUGAAUUCUAUUAUGAGAACAGCAGCAGCCCCCACGUACAGAGCACAUUUGAAACGUCGCUUGUGUUUAGGGUUCUCAGAGCUGUAUACAUUUUUAUCCCAAUAUUAACAAAUAGAGGUACAAGCUUCCAGUCAUAAAAUAAAUAAAUCAUGGGGAUGUAAUGUACAGCAUGGUGGCCAUAAUUAAUAAUAGUUUAUUGCAUAUUUGAAAGGUGCUAAGAGUAGAUCUUAAAAGUUCUCACCAUAGGAAAAAAAAAAUCACUAUUUGUGGAGAUGGAUGUUAACCAGGCUUAUUGUGGUAAUGAUUUUGCAGUAUAUACACACUUCCAAUCAUUGUUAUGCACCUGAAAACAAAUAAAAUUUUAUAUGUCAAUUAUACCUCAGUUAAACAAAUAUAUAUAAAAAAAUAAAAGGCCAUAAGGGAGUGAUACUAAACUAUAUCAAAAUAUUAACUGGGAGAUAGUGGUGAUUUUAAUUUUCUUCCCUCUUUUUAUUUUUGGUACUUUUCUAAAUUUUCAACAAUAAAAAUGUUUGGCUUC